AUGUUAAUGGUUUUACUAGAAGGGCAAUUGGAUGCAUCAGUGGUGGCUUCAUUGGCAAUGGCCGAGGGUCAGAGUCUAUGUCAAAGACUUGGCAAAGAGACGGAGAGAGAUAUGGAAAUUGAUCGGGCUGAAGAAAGUAGAGAGAGAGACGAGGAGUACAAGGGUAGUCGAAGCUUUACGAUUUUUAAUGAAGUGGGUUCUGUAGCUACAAAUUAA